GAUCAACGUUUCUCCGACAGCACUCGAAGGCAGCACAGAGAUAGCGCUGCUCCUCUGCUCCAGUCAGUAUCCACUCCGAGGUGUGCUCUCCGCUGAGUUGCACACGGAGGAGAGCCUCUCGACAAGUUUCAACCUGGAAAUACCGUCCCUCUGGCUCCAGCGAAAGGCAGUUUUAUUUUCUCGCAAUUUUGUUUCGAAAGAGAGGGAAUUCUGCGGAGGAGGAUAGUAGUCCCCCCAGAGCAGAACACAACAGCAACUGGCGUGAGCGCCGCCUGUGAGCCUUGUUGUCCCGGGGGAGCCUUUUUUUUUUGUUUGGGGUUAACCUCACUGUGAAUACCAUUGGCGCGGUUUCCUUCAGCCUGGAGUGUAACUGAGAAAAUAUUCCCAAAUACUUUCUGCCUGACGUGUUUGAGUCCGCCGGGUUGAGCUGUGAUGAGGAGAGCAUUUAACAGCGGUGAAGCGCCAGACGGAGACAGCGAAAGCUAAGCUCAUCUCACCAGCCAACGGUGGUCCCCCCCCCCGACCGCAGCCUCGACCGCUGAAACACAGUCUUUUCUCCUCUCUCAUUACUCCCCACAUUCCUCUCUCCCUUUGCUUUCUCCCCUGUCAUCCUCCCUCUUGCCUCCACAUGUGAUUUCUUUUAUAUCGUUCGUCUUUCUCCCUCCUGAUCUACCUCUUCACAUCCUCCCUCCCUCUCCCUCCCCCUCCCCUCCCUCUCCGCCUCUCUGGCAGGCUGCUCAUUGCAGUGAGUCAGUAUCAUGGAGGCAGGCAGCGGGGCUGCCGCAGCGGUGGGGAGUGCAGCACUAGGACUGCUGGGAGCCACAGCCACGUCCAGCCAUGACAUCCUGGACAGGGGCCUGAGGCCUGGACGUCACCUGGAGGACGACGAUAUUGUGCCUGAGCUGGCUCACAUUCAUCCCAGAGAGAGACCUGACUGGGAGGAGACCAUCAGUGCCAUGGCUAGGAGUGCAGAGAUCCCUGAGCUGAGGACGGAGCCUCUCAUGCGCUCCUGCAGCAGCAGCACGGCCAGCAUGAAGGUCAAGAAUGUCAAGAAACUUUGCUUCACCAAGGGCCACUUCCCAAAACUGGCAGAGUGUGCUCACUUCCACUAUGAAAAUGUGGACUUUGGCACAAUUCAGUUGACCCUUGGAGACGAACAGUGUGAAGUGACACGGAAUGGCUAUGAGUCUAAAGAGCUGGUGUACUUAGUUCAUAUUUACUGCCAGGGUCGGAGUUGGAUUGUGAAGCGCAGCUAUGAGGAUUUCCGUGUCCUGGACAAGCACCUUCAUCUCUGCAUCUAUGACCGACGCUUUUCCCAGCUGCCUGAGCUGCCUCGAUUGGACAGUCUGACUGAUCAGUCAGAGUCAGUUUCCCAGAUGUUGUUAGCUUACCUCUCCCGGCUCUCAGCCAUCGCUGACAACAAGAUCAACUGUGGACCUGCCCUCACAUGGAUGGAGGUCGACAAUAAGGGAAACCAUCUGUUGGUCCAUGAAGAGUCGUCCAUCAAUGUGCCAGCUAUUGCUGCUGCCCACGUCAUCAAGCGCUACAUCGCCCAGGCCUCAGACGAGCUGUCCUUUGAGGUUGGUGACAUUGUGUCAGUGAUCGACAUGCCCCCUAAAGAAGACACCACAUGGUGGAGAGGCAAGCAUGGCUUUCAGGUUGGCUUCUUUCCCAGCGAGUGUGUGGAGCUCAUAAAUGAUAAAGUGCCGCAGUCCAUGACCAACACGGUGCCAAAACCAGCCUCCCCCUGCUCUGGCCUGCAGCCUGCUUCUUGGAGUCUCUUCCCUCCUUACUUGGAGAUGGAGAGUGUAAUACAGGACAAUGCAUGGGUGGCCGACCCGCUAAACCACUACAGCCUAAGUUCAGUGUCUAAGAAACACGGCAAGCUGAUCACCUUCUUGCGCUCCUUCAUGAAGUCCAGGCCCACCAAGCAGAAGCUGAAGCAGAGAGGCAUCCUCCGGGAGAGGGUGUUCGGCUGCGAUCUGGGAGAACACCUCCUCAACUCAGGACAUGAUGUGCCCCAGGUCCUCAAGAGCUGCACCGAGUUCAUCGAGAAGCAUGGUGUGGUGGACGGCAUCUACCGCCUCUCUGGAAUUGCCUCAAAUAUCCAGAAAUUGCGGCACGAGUUUGACUCGGAGCAGAUCCCCGACCUGACCAAAGAUGUUUACAUCCAGGACAUCCACUGUGUUGGCUCGCUGUGUAAGCUCUACUUCAGAGAGCUGCCCAACCCCCUGCUCACCUACCAGCUCUACGAGAAAUUCUCUGAUGCAGUAUCAGCAGCAACGGACGAAGAACGACUCAUCAAAAUCCAUGAUGUCAUCCAGCAGCUUCCUCCGCCGCAUUACAGGACCCUUGAGUUCCUCAUGAGGCACCUUUCCCGGCUGGCAGCGUUCAGCUACAUUACCAACAUGCACAGCAAAAACCUAGCCAUCGUCUGGGCGCCCAACCUGCUGAGGUCUAAACAGAUCGAAUCUGCAUGCUUCAGCGGCACUGCAGCGUUUAUGGAAGUCCGAAUCCAGUCAGUCGUGGUGGAGUUCAUCCUCAACCAUGUGGAUGUUCUCUUCAGCACAAAACUCAGCACACUGAUCCGAGAGGGAGCAGGUCACAACUCAUUGUCAAGGCCCAAAUCCCUGCUGGUGUCAUCCCCCUCCACUAAACUGCUGAGUUUGGAGGAGGCCCAGGCCAGGACGCAGGCUCAGAUCAACUCUCCAGUUACUGAGGACAGCAAGUACAUUGAGGUGGGCGAAGGUCCGGCUGCCCUGCAGGGGAAGUUCCACACUGUCAUCGAGUUUCCCACCGAGAGGAAGAGGCCUCCUAUUAAAUCCAAGAAGUCUCCUGUGGGUAGUUGGCGUUCUUUCUUCAACCUAGGAAAGUCUUCCUCCAUGUCGAAGCGCAAGCUUCACCGCAACCCCAGUGAGCCCAAUGAACUGAAGGCCAUGGCACUUGCUGGAGGCAGAGGAGACACAACAACAUUAAGAUCAGCCAAAAGUGAAGAGUCACUGAGUUCCCUGCAUAACGUUGAAGGAGAGUCCAAAGUUUACCGUCCUCGGCGGCCGCGCUCCAGCAGUGAUGCCUUGUCGGCCUCCUUCAAUGGCGAGCUGCUGGACAGCCGACAGCACUGCAACUCCUACGACAACCUGGACGCCACAGAGGACAGCGACGGAGACGACGGGCCCAUCUGUGUGCCUGCCCUCAUCUCACCUCCCCGCUCAGCUGGUGAAGAUGUGGACCUCAGCCCGCCGGACAUUGGCAUGGCCUCCUUGGACUUUGAUCCCAUGUCUUUCCAGUGCAGCCUCCCCGACACCUCCUACGCUUUCCCUCUAGAUGACUCACCAGCUGGGGCCGAGGGCUCUGUGUUAAAGAGGAGCCCCGGCAGCGUCUGUGGCAAGACCAAUGGCUCCGACAUUAUCUCUGCCGCCUUCCUGGGCAGCUUGACCUCCUCCUCCUCCCUGUCCACAGACUUCAGCCGGGCUGCUGGAGAGAAGAAACUGACCACAUCCUGUUCGUACACUGAUAAACCCACACAGGCUGUGUCACCUAUUAAAUGUGGAAAGAGUUUGACACCAUUUGCCACUUCAGAGCUUUUCUCUACAGAGAUGCCUGACAAGAAUACAGCUGGACAGGUUGUGUCUCCGCAGCCAUUAUCUCCCCGUUCAGUAGCCAAGGACUCUCCUCCCCUGAUGGGCAGUGUACUCCUGAGGGCAGCCGAGCCGUCGCUUAGUGAAGCAUUCCAAAUGGAGCUGCACUCGAAGCUGGCAGCCUUUGACAGUGUGGACAGUCAUGAGCUGAAGGGAGACGACAGCGUACAGCAGGCACCAGCUGCCAGCAGCCACGAGCACCAGGGAGUCGUAGCUCCGGACUCUUCAAAGGACCUCACCCCUCGUUCCCUCAGCUCUACAGCCCCCACUACUGCCCCUCCGCCUCCCCCUCCUAAAAAUGCUGCCCGCAUGUUGGCCCUCGCCCUCGCCGAGUCGGCACAGCAGGUUUCAAUUCAGUCUCAGUCCCGAUCCUCUGAGCCCUCAACACCACUGUCCCCUUUGCAACCACAGCAGGCGUCCUCUGACAUCCAGGACCCACUGCAUCCACUGGCCCAGCAUUUUCAGACCUACUCUGAGGAGGGAGCAGGCAGGGGAAGUUCCCCACCACCUAACAGCACUGCUCCGACUGUCAUCCCAGCCCCAUCUUAUCCCCUCACCUCCAGUCCUACAAUCAAGCAGCAGCCACUAGACUUAACCAGCACGAUUAUCAAGCUAUCUGACAGUGCUAAGUCCUCUACAACUCCACCCGCUACACAGCCAGAAACAGACACCACUCCACCAGUCACUCUUCUUUACAAGUUUGCCCCGCUCUCAAGUUCAACCAGCCUGACUUCUCCAAUCAGGAAAAGUCCAGAAAGGCAGCAGCAGCCCGAGCAGCAUCCCACUCCAGCCACCACCCCCAGUGGCAACUGCAAAGACACUGGAGUCGUACCACAGCCUGUCCCUGAGAUUAAACCGGAAGAGACUGCCCCACCGCCAAUCCUCCCAAAACCAUCGGAGCAGCCACCCCCAAAAAUUAAAAAACCCAAAAGGCAUGCUGUCUCACUACCCCAGCAUCAAACACAGUCUCAGCAGCAGAGCCAAGCUCAGACACAGCCUUGUCUUCCAACACAGCAUCAACCUCAGACACAGCCUCAUCCACAGCCUCAUCCACAGCCGCAUCCACAGCCUCAUCCACAGCCUCAUCCACAGCCUCACAUGCAAUCUCAGACACCGGGUCAUCCCCAACCCCCACCUCAGCCCCCCUCGAAGGCCAGCGCAAGAGUGGUCCCCUCAUCUGCUGAGCCUGUUGAGAAGCCUUGGGAGGCCAUAAAGCCAGUACAGCCCUGUACAGAGUCUGCACAGUUCCAUGACGCAUAUGGACCAGGACCUGCACCUGCACCUCCAGCCCCUCCUGUCCGCACCAUAGAGAGCAAACUGGCCACAGCAGCACUCAGCCAAAGUGAAGCCUCUUACCACAUUCUGGGUGAAGGUCCUGUACCUGGCCAUCUGGAGGACGCUCUGCCUCACCAUCCUCUUUCUCCUCGUAAAUCUUCCACGCACCAGCCAGCCUUCCUGUACCACGCUAAAGGAGAGCCAGUCUUAAUUGAGCCUCCAGGAGCUGCAUACUACCACCCGAGGCCUGUUCCUUUGGGCCCGCAGUCCAUGCCACACCACUACCGGCCAGACAGCGUGCCCCCACACCUCUCCUUCGUGUCCAAAUCUGAGCCUCAGAUACCUUACAGUGCCCGAGUAGACAACAGAUACAGCACUUUAGGCCCCAGGUCCUACCACCACUCUAUAAAGUCUAGAGGAAACACCCGCAGUGUGUACGUGUCCCCAGGGCCAGGGCAUCAGGGUUAUAGCCAUGACCGGACCCAUGGCUAUCCCACCAUCCGCAGAGUGCACUCCCUCCAUGUUCCUUCCACUAUCCGCACAGUGCCCAUCCAAAGGACUGAAGUUCCUCCAGAUGACGAUAUGUUCUUCUACCACCGGCCCAUGUAUCCGUGUAAAGCAUACCAGCAGCCACCCACGCAGCAGUCCUCACAGGCAGACUACCACGUCACCCAGCUGCAGCCUUACUUUGAGAAUGGACGGGUUCAGUAUCGUUACAGCCCAUACUCCGGUUCGAGCCCUUUGGAGGCGCCUUACUAUGACAUUGACCCUUACGGCACCAUCCGAGUUCGGCACUUUCACUCCUUUGGCCGCGAACCGGGAGCUGUUGCUGGUCGACCGGGUGGAAAGGCCGCCGGGUACCACUACCUUGCUCGCCAUGUGCUCCCGCCCGGGAAGGAGCACAGUUUUGUGAGCAGGGACAUGCCCCCUGGUCAUGGGACCAAGGAAGCCGCUGCUUACCUCUCUUGGGACCCGGAGGAGUCGGAAAGGCUCCGCAUGCACUCCAUCCGCAGGGAGAGCAGAGCGAGACAGAAGAUCAAAGGCCCUGUCCUCUCUCAGUAUGACAACGUGGGCUUGUUUGCACCAGCAGAUAUAUCAGGCUAUGAGACCCUUCAUCUGCGCAGUAAAUCUGACCCAGGUAAAGCUGUGCUGGUUGCAGCCGACAGCAAAGACGGCCGCUACCUCCCCAGACAUAUGGUGUCAGACCCUGACGUCCUCAUGUACAUGGAGACCGACAAGCACGUCCAGGGCAGCGCGGGGGCUGACAAGUCAGACGGGCUGGCCAAGCAAAGCAGCUCCAAGAAAUGCCAAUCCUCUCACUCCCUUCCAGCGACUCUGAGCCACAGUCUCUCCCUUCAGCAGGAGAGCGGCCGACAUGAGGCCAAGUAUGAGACUGGAGAGGACAAGCAGACUGGAGAUAGCAGCAGGUCCAAACACUGGCAGCAGGAGUAUCCCAACAAGAGGAACUUCCAACCACGUUACGAGUGUCCUGAUUCCGACCACCACCAGAGCAAAGUGAAAACAUCAAGCGGCUACCACAAUACAGACGACCAGCCCUCGGCCCCCAGGGAACAACCCGCCCGCUCCAAACCAGAGCGAUCACACAGCGUCCGAGAGCAGCAGCAGCAGCAGCAGCAGCAGCAGCAGCAGCAGCACUACAGCCAGGGUAAGCCUGAGCUGGACAGAGACUACUCAUAUCAGAAGCCUGGCACUAAACCAACGCAAUCCCACUAUGAUAACUUGGACGAUUACCACCCAGUACCUCAGCCUCAGGCCCCUGCUCAAAAACGUGGAGGCUCCGGCUCGUAUCCCGCCCCAGGAUUCACAGCGAGCAACAGAGCAUACUCCACAGCACUGGGCCAGGGAGCCUUUAUCCAGACUGACCUGGCCAUGCAGAGGCCGGAGACAGAGAUCCGUACAGAAUGAAGCAUUUCGGGGGGGGGGAGUGUGUAAAAUUAUCUUUAGCUACGUAGAAGAAAGACUGUUGAGCUAUGGUUGAGCAGCCUCUGCAGGACAGUGGACUGUCGUAACACCAAUAUUUUUGCUCCUCUGUAUUUUUAAUGAAUUGUAAAAAAUUGUAAGACUUUUUACAGAAAGUCCUGAAUGUACCUGAAAUUAUUGUCCAAGAGGUCAUAUUAUUGUGAUUGAUUGAGACAAUAGCAGUCAUAAUUGUAUAUGAUAUGAAAGACGUAAGGUACUUUUACAGAAUCCACAAAAUGUAAAAUAUAUAUACAUAUGUGUGUGUAUAUAUACACAUAUAUAUGAAUAGAAUCACUAGUAAAAAAGGGAUUUUUAGUUGUAUUUUGUUUUUUCUUUUUAGGUGUGGCGCUGGGUAUAAGCAUCAACUGGGAUUUAGGUUUGCAUUUUAGAAAUGCAUGCACUCUCUUAUCUCUUACAGAACAGUUCUGUGUACUUCAUGAUCCAUUGUGUUUUAUCCUGGAUGUUACAGCACAAGUUAUCGAAGGAAGAUACAUGUAGGCCAUCACAUCCUCCCUCUGCUAACAUACACAAGUAGGCGGUAGGGUGUGUCCAUGUUUGUCUCAAAGAGUCCGACUGGGUGUGAGGUUUGUCGAGGAUCUGCAAUGGGUAACUUCAAGUUAAUAUAGUGGUUAUCAAUGUUUAAUUUUCUCUGUGACUGUGCCAUUUUAUGUAACUUUGCUAUAAACAGAUUUCAGUGACUUCUGACGGAAUGUUUUGGUACUUGUUUGUUCUUCAUUGGAAGAGGGACCAAACAACUUUGGCACAGUUGUUGCACAUAUGGGAUAAAGAGGUGAAGAUGGAUGAAUGCCUGUUGUACCUUUAUAGAUGUAUAAGCAGAAGUGUAAGAGGUUAUUUUUAUUUCCUUUUUUUCCCAUCACAUUCACGGUACUUUCAUGAACUGGACUGACUGAAUAAAGCUGAAAAUAUUGUCCUCUCAAACAACGUGGUAAAGAACAUGUUGCCGCUGAUUUUGUGGGGAAAACAACGUGGUGAUGAGCCUUAAAUUUUGUUCCUACAGACCAUAUUUUGUUUACUGUCAUUGUCGUUUCCCACCGUCAUAAUGCACAAACAUUGUGAUAACUAAGUUUAAGAUCAUUUUUGAUGAUUCUUGACCGUUCAGGGGUAACAGGUGACUACUGGGGUUACUUGGUUUUGUAUCACCUCACUGGUUCUGAUUUAAAACAAUGAGGGAGGGAAAUGUGUUUUUUUUUUAAGAUGUCUGGGGGCCAUUUAUUUUCAGGCUGGAAUUCAAUGUAUAGUACAUCCGUUUGGUAAUACACAACAUGCCCUUCUGGUUCAACAUGAUGUAUGGAUUACCAUAUGUUUCAGAUAUGUCCAAAUCCAGGUUGUACUCUGUAACUGUUUGACUUCUAUUUUCGCUUGCAGGUUUUGCUCCUCUUGCCUUAUCUAAAGCCUCUACCUUUUCAGAAGGGGCAUUAAAUUAAGGCACCAUGUACUUGAAUGUGAAAACACUCUUGUCUCAAACUAGAGCUAUCUAAAGUUAGAUAUGAAAUAAAUAAAACUGUUCAGGAAUAGCUAUAA